AUGGGAAUGAAUGUUGUGCCUGUUCCUCUGCAUUCUGUUGUGUUUAACUCUGGUCUGGUGCAGGGUGAGGUCGCCAUGGGGGUCCGUCCUGUGCUUGAUUGUACCAAGAUCAAGGAUGUCCUGGAGAGGUACUACCUGUCACCGUUUUAUGCCGUCGAGUUCUGCGUUGGUUUCCCUGGCAACCUUUUGGUUGUACUUGGCUAUAUAUUUUGUUUGCAGGAGUGGCAGAGCUGCAAUAUUUACCUCUUCAACCUGGCAGUCUCUGACCAUUUCCUCUGCACACUUCCACGCCUCUCGUACCUCUAUGCAAAUGACCUACCAGAGAAGAGUCCCUAUGGUUGCGUUAUCAACCGCUAUGUCCUGCAUGUCAAUCUUUACUCAUCCAUACUGUUUAUGGUUUGGGUUAGCAUGGACCGUUUCCUGCUCAUAAGACAUCCAACACGUAACCACUGCCUGUUGAGGCCGAAAAUAGCCAUGAUCGUGUCAGGGCUGAGCUGGCUAGCUGUUCAUUUGGAAGUUGCUCCGAUGAUAUCACUGAUGGUCCAUGACCUUCAGAGAGGAAACUGGAGUAGCUGCAGGAAUUUUGCCAGCUUGAAAGGAGAGGUCCAUACAUUGGGCUACAGCCUAGGGCUUACCCUCACUGGUUACGCUCUCCCUUUGCUUGGACUGUGUGGUUUCUCGUAUCAAAUUGCACAUUUGCUCCAUAUCCAGGAAAGGGCCAUACAGCGCCGGACAACCACGUACAAGCGUCCUCUCAGGGUUGCUGUAUCGGCCGCUAUCAUGUUUGCUUCUCUCUACACACCCUACCAUGUGAGAAAUAUCCGAAUAGCAUCUCAGCACGACUGGACAGGGUUGCAGCUUUGCACAAGGAUGAGCAUAGAGAGCCUGUACAUCAUCACAAGACCAUUUGCCUUCUUGCACAGUGUCAUCAACCCUGUCUUUUACUUCCUCAUGGGGGACAAAUUCAAAAAGCUCCUAUUGGCUAAGCUCAGGAAGCUGAUCAGAAAGACAGAGCAGCAAAGAGAACCAGCCUGA